AACGACAAUUGCUUGAAUCGUUCACUUGUUCCGUCCGCUAUACUGUACAUACAAGCGCCAUAUAAUCACCAAUACAUAGAGACAAAACCGAGCCAGAAUGUCUGGCAAAUGCUAGAGUAAUUUUGCUGCUAAUCGUUUAGUGUGGAAAGAAGAAACGGCGCAAUCGAACGUGUAUCAUCGGAAGCCGCAUGAUUACAUACGGAAAUAUAGUAUUUUUUUAUACCUAGAACAAUUUAAGCUUUUCAAGCGAUAUUUAAUAUAAUUUGAUGUGAAUAUCCAACGUUAUGUUUUGGAAUGAAAAAACUGUUUGAAACUUAUUGUGUUUUUAUAUAAUGAUAUCUAAGUCAAAUAAUACCCAAGUGCCAACAGCAGCAAUAAGUAUUUUACAAAACACACAUACAACAUUCAAUAUGGCAAGUAAUGGUGGCGCGAGCAGUUUUACAAGCAACUCAAAAAUGGGCUCUCGGCGAAUAUUUACACCACAUUUUAAGCUUCAAGUAUUAGAAUCAUAUCGAAAAGAUAGUGAUUGUAAAGGCAAUCAACGAGCAACUGCUAGAAAGUACAAUAUACAUAGACGACAGAUUCAAAAAUGGUUACAAUGCGAAUCGAAUCUAAGAUCAUCAGUCGCCAGUAUAAAUCACAGUGGAUUAAAACACCAGUUUCAUAAUGUGAGUCAGCAACAACAAGUGCCGAUUAUAAUCCCAACGAAUAAUAAUAGUCAGUUCGGCUACCAUCACUUUGAAAGUAAAUCUCAGCAACUGCCCUUGGACACAGCCAGACAAAGUGUCGCUACAAAUUCUACAACAGUGCCAUCAAUACCAGUUGUGAUUCCAUCAACGAAUGCAUCAACACAAGGGGUGUAUGCAGCGGCGAACUUGGCCGCCGUUGUGGCUGCCGCUGCAGCUGCGGGAGCAGCGGGUGCUAUGGCUAUUGCCAGCACUUCAACUACAAAUACAUCGCCACCACUAUGCCAGACUGUAGUAAGUGGCAACGCCGCGGGAAUAUCGUCACCAAUACUUCAUUCUCAUCACCUUCAGCCGCACCACCACCAUCAUCAUCAUUACGAUGCGCCAUACACACAUGCAUCGACUAAUAUAUCUAUACCAAUGCCUGUCCUAACACACAUUUCCCCGCAACAUCAUCAACACUACCAAUACCACAACUUACCGUCGCAUACCCAUACGCUACUACAACCACAAUCUCGGGUGUCAACAGUACCGUCAUUAAUGCCGUCAGCUUGUCUACCUGUGAAUGUUUUGUCUGCAACCAACUUGGCUUCUACAUGCUUGCCAGAAACCAACGUAACACCGGAGGAAAUCGUAUACAAGCGAAGUGAGGGAAUAAAUUCUAUUGAAUUACGCGAUGCAACGAAAAUAGUAGUGGACAAUGUUGAAAAUUGUUGUGCCCGUAUAUCUUUAAAUAAAUAUCUUCAUAAUACAUGCAUUGAAAGUCAAAAGGAAUAUACCUUGCAAAACUAUAACGUAACACAGGGAUUAUCAAACACAUCGUGCCUAACUGUUACACCAAUAGAUCUGUCUAUUGGUUCUCGUCGUGAAAAUGCCGAGAAUAUAAAUUGUAGUUUGAGACAUUUACCUAAAACUGAUGAUGUGGCCGAAAAUAAAAACGAGAGUGUCGUUGAUUUGACUUUUAGGAAGCGUAAGGUUAUUUCGAGAAAUGACCAAGCAACUAAAAUCAUGCGGAGCUCGGAGAAUGAUUCUAGUAAUUUAUUUGCGAAAGUUAAAGAAUUAAAUGAAAGUGUUGAUGAUCAUAUCGAAGUAGAAAUGGAUAUAAAAUCACCUCCUCCAAAACCAGUAAAAUUAUUUAAACCAUAUCUUUUAGACGAAAAAGAGGAAAAACAUGAAGAAAAUGAAACUAAGAUCAUUUCAGAAAAAAAUUCUGCUAAAAAUAUUUCUGAUGAUAAGCUUGAUAACAAAGAGGGAUGCAUAUCACCAAGAUUCAGUUUCGAUAGUGAAACACGACACACCAAUUUUCACCUCUCAAAUGUGAUCGACCAUAAUUUUCAAGUAGGAAGUACUUGCUUUCAGGGAUGUAAGCCAUUAAAUCUUCCAAGUGCCUUUAACAUGACGACAAUUUCAGCUUUAUCUCCAGUGAUCCCCUGUGCUGAAGGAUCACCCGUUUCUGGAUAUGAGAGUUCAUCAUCAACAUAUAGUGAAUCAUCUUACAAAGAAGAGUUUUACAGAAUAAAGGAAGACCGUGCUUGUAGUAUUGACCUUCAAGUGCAUACGGUUUGCGACAAUUUCACUUGCCAAGAAAAUUGCGUUCAAAAAUGGUUAAGUCAAGAUGCAAACUCGAACCCACCGGCAACUAAUGCUUCCAUUGUUUUAUAUGCUUAAAUAUUUAGAUUGUAUGAAAUGUAAUUUUUAUUUAUGUAUACACAUAUAUGCAGCAAUCUUCAAAGUAAAGAAUUUUGGGGACCACAGGUUUAGAUUUUAAAGAAAUUUGACAUGUGGAAAUUAUUGAAAUCUUUAGAGAGAUUUAAGAAGGCUGUAUAAAUGUAUUCUAAAAUAAUGGCAAUAACUAUUUAAUAUAUUUAUAAUAAAAAUUUACCAUCAUAUACUAGA